CGUAAACAAACGGAGCACGUGUACAAUUGUUGCGGAGCUCGUCGUUUGAACAAAUAAUAAAAUGGAGCUUUUUACAGUCAAUCGUUACACCGAAGAAGAUUUCAAAACCAAGCCAGCUGAGGCCGAAGACCAAAUUUUAGAAAAGUUGCUGCAAAAAGCUGAAAAACGCAAAAGAAAGCAAAAAAAGGAUAAGGUAGAAGAGCCAUCGCAAGAAAGUGCCGAACACCAGACCAUCAAUGAAGAUGUGCCGCAAACAUUGGAAACGCGCAAAAGAAGGCAAAAAGAUGAUAAUGCCGACAGUGCUUUUCAAGAACCAGAAUCCGAUCAGCCACUGGAACAGCAAGAAGCAGCAGAUUCUGAUAAACCAGCCGAUGCAAGUUUUGAAGUAAUUGGAGAAGAUGUCGGCGCUACGAAACGACAAAAAGUUGAAAUGGUGUUGCCCUCCUGGUUGGCACAUCCGACUAUUAUUCCUGGUGAUAGUUUGAAACGCGACGAGGAUGCGACUGCCGAUACCGACGAAGCUGCCCUUAAGAAUCAGCCCUAUCUGGAUAAGCCAACACGUGAUGCUCUUAAGCAAAUGAAGAUUAAGCGUCUGUUUCCCGUGCAACGCAGCGUAAUACCUUGGAUUCUGGAUGCACAUUCCAAGCCGGCGCCCUUCAGACCGCGCGAUAUUUGCGUUUCAGCGCCCACUGGCAGCGGUAAAACGUUGGCCUUCGCUAUACCCAUCGUACAGUUACUGAUGAACCGGGUGAAGUGCAAGGUACGUGCCUUGGUAGUACUUCCUGUUGCCGAGCUUGCUAUGCAGGUAUACAAGGUGAUCGCGUCACUUUGCAACAAAACCGAGCUAGAAGUAUGCUUGCUCUCCAAGCAACAUCGCCUCGAGGCGGAGCAAGAGGCGUUGGUAGAACUGUAUAAGGGCGAAUACUAUUCAAAAGUGGACAUUGUUGUGACUACACCAGGUCGUCUGGUGGAUCAUCUGCACGCCACAAAAGGUUUCUGCUUGAAAGAGCUUAAGUUUUUAGUCAUAGAUGAGGCUGAUCGCAUUAUGGACGCCGUCUUUCAAAACUGGCUGUAUCAUUUAGAUUCCCAUGUGCGUGACACCGCCGACCAGUUACUGGCUGGACGCACAGCCCCCCUAUGCCUCGCCGAGCUCAGGGAAAGCUAUGGCAAGAAACCUCAUAAGAUGCUAUUUUCAGCCACCUUGUCGCAGGAUCCGGAAAAACUACAAAACUUGCGUCUCUUUCAACCGAAACUGUUCACCACGGUGCUUAUACCUGCACCCACCACAUUGGAGCCAAACGCAUCUGCUUUGGUAUCGACGCAGACCGAGGAACGCGGUCAAUUCAUUGGGAAGUACACCACGCCUGCUGAGCUGACGGAACAAUACUGCAUCACCGAACCACGUCUAAAGCCUUUGACGCUCUUCGCACUCAUUAAGCAGAACAAUUGGCAGCGCUUCCUCUGUUUCACAAACAGCAACGACACUUCAACACGUCUGGCAUUUGUUCUGUCCCAGCUCAAGGAAAAAGGAGAGGACACUAUUGCUGAACUUUCCGCUAACUUAUCCGCCGCCAAGCGACGUGCUACCCUCGAUGCUUUAAUGCGUGGCAAGCUGCAGGGCAUUAUUUGCUCAGAUGCCUUGGCGCGUGGCAUUGAUGUCUCCAAUAUCGACAUAGUGGUCUCUUACGAUGUGCCUCGCCAUAUUAAGACCUACAUCCAUCGAGUGGGUCGAACGGCGCGUGCCGGUCGUCCUGGUACUGCCAUUACGCUGCUCACGCCCAAGGACCAACCGCAGUUUAGGAAAAUGCUUAGCGAGGUGGGCAAGCCAGUUGGGGAAGAAAUCACGGUGGAUACCGAAGUAGAAACGGGAUAUGCACAUUUAUAUCAUACGGCUCUAGAGACGUUGCGCAAAACUCUGGAGGCAACCAAGAAAAGAGAGAUUGUGAGCAAAACGCGCAACACACAGGCGGCAGCCAAACUACACAAGGAUCCAUCGCAGCUGACGCUGAUGGAAAAACUUCAGCAGGUCACUGGCGUGCAUACCAGCAAGCCGAAGCCGAAGGAGCCAAAAAGUCAUCUAAAGAUGCCCAAAAAUAAACUCAAGCCGAAUGCGAGUCAGCGUAAGAUUGUUGAAGAAUAACAACAGCAGCAAUUGUAAAUAACAUAGUAUACUCGUAUAUGUAUGUAUG